AACCGGCCUAAUUCGCAUCCCCCGGCAGCACCUUCCAUUCAGAUGUGCAACUUUAUACACAUUGUCAUGACUCCAAUCACAAACACGCGGAGAGCGGCCACUGAGAAAAGAUGAGAGCUGCUUGCGUCGUCCAUCGACAUUGAAUGGCAAUUUCUAAUAUGUACUAAGUUGUGGUGUACUAUAGCGCGGUUGGCCUGGUUGGUCGGUCGGUCGGUCGGUCGGUGAGGUACCUUAGAGAUGCGCUCGAUUGAACUUACUCCAGAUCGGUUUGGUCCUUCGUGCGUUCAGCAUCUCUCCGGUUCGGUUUCUUGCGACUAGUGACCCGUGUGGUGUUCCUUGUGUGCCCCUCGUCGCCGCCACCAUAACCGCCGCCGUCGUCUGUCGUGGUCCGUUGGUGUUUGAGGAGCGCAAAAAGUCUAUACAUAGGAGCCAAUUGGGAUCGACGCGCCUCAGUUGGUUUUGAACAGUGAUUUGAUCAACAUGGGCGACUCGGAGUGGGGCCUAGAACGACUAACUAAUGGGCUGAACUGUACUCCACCUGCGAUAGAGGACUUCCCGCCAGACCUGUUCACAGUGCAUCAGAGACAGAACGGGGCCAUAGUGUUACACGCACUUGCUAGUUUAUAUUUAUUUGUAGCUUUGGCUGUAGUAUGUGAUAAGUAUUUUGUACCUGCCGUCGAAAAAAUAUGCCACGCGUUAAAUAUGUCAAACGAUGUGGCGGGAGCGACGUUUAUGGCUGCGGCGACGUCGGCACCCGAGCUGUUCGUCAACGUGAUUGGAACGUUCAUCACCGAGGGCGACAUCGGCGUUGGCACCAUAGUGGGGUCAGCGGUAUUCAAUAUCCUGGCGGUGGCCGCCUGCUGUGGGAUCGGUGCUGGAAUGGUAGUUCCACUCGAUUGGUGGCCGCUGACGAGAGACUGCCUUGCCUACGGCAUCACGGUGGCAAUACUGAUUUGCAUCAUCCACGACGAACGGGUCGAAUGGUAUGAGGCACUGAUACUGGUGCUGCUCUACAUCGUGUACAUUGCCGUGAUGUACUACGACAAGGCGUUUCAGAAAUGUGCCAGAGAUGGGUUAAAGCACGCACGCACUCGCAGAUCACAAGAUGCAUCAAGUAGUUUAAAAUCGGUGUCCAGUAAAGAACAAGAAGCAAUUGAUGCACAUCUUCCGCUGCGAAUAAGCCACUUCCAGCAGAAUGGUAAUUUGAAGAAUGUUACUCACAUCGACGCGAGUAGCACCGAAUUGACGUCAUCAAAUCUGGAGAUGCAAAUUAAGGCGAUCAGUGCCAGUGGUGGUGCAGUACCAACACCGGUAGUGGCCCUAGCGGCUGCCACCGUACUCAUCAAUGAUCAACAGCAACAACAGGGACAGCAUAAGCAGCAGCAAAUCAAACGGCGGCACAGUGCCGGAAGUAUGAACGGCACAGCCAGCCUGGACGACGAUGACCAGCCGCCUCCACCACCGAGUCCCUCGACACCGCCAGUUUCGUCGGCGAGUGCGGAAUCGAUGAAGCACUCGUUGAAUGGCGAUCACCAGGAGAAGGAGGUCGCAGGGACGUUAGGAAACGGGGCAACCGGAGCAGAGUCCGCUGACGGUGCCGAUGAUAAGGACGAAGAAUUCCAGCUGUUCAAGUAUCCCUCGGGCCAGAGCAAACUGCGGCAGUUCUCGUGGAUCAUUACGUGGCCCAUCUAUUUGCUGUUUGUUUUCACGAUUCCGAACUGCGCGAAGCCACGCUACAAGAAAUGGUUCCCGCUGACGUUCAUCAUGUGCAUCGUUUGGAUCGGAUCGCUGUCGUAUGUGGUGGCGUGGAUGAUUACGAUUAUCGGGGAUACGCUUAAGAUACCCGAUUCGGUGAUGGGGAUCACAUUUUUGGCAGCAGGUACCAGCGUGCCGGAGGCCGUGUCCAGCGUAAUCGUCGCAAAGCAAGGUUAUGGUUCGAUGGGAAUCAGUAACUCAAUUGGAUCCAACACUUUCGACAUUUUGCUGUGCCUCGGAUUGCCAUGGUUCAUAAAGGCAGCCUUCUCGCCUAUUGAAAAGGGUCAUCACUGGGUAGGAAUCAACUCAGCUGGGCUGGAGUACUCGGCCAUCUCGCUGCUGUCGACGUUACUGAUGCUGUAUAUUGCCUUCUGGUUGAAUAAGUUUAGGCUAGAUCGAAGAGUUGGGUACGCGUGCCUCAUUAUGUACGCAGUCUUUUUGAUUCUGGCAAGUUUGAUUGAGUUGAACGUAUUCUUCCCAGUGAAUCUCCCGACUUGUGUGCGGUGAGUGAGUUGCAGGGAGCUUUGUGAGUUGUGUCGAUAAAAUAAACGGUUUUUUUUAUCUGCAAAUCUGGCGCUGGGUGGUGCCCACUUCGAAUUGAUUUUCAACCUGCUGGUGUCACAUGGUAGUCGCGUGACAAACUCGGUCGGGGGUAAUCAUUCGGUUUUGUUGAUGUUGUUAUUGUUGAUAUUGAUACUGUUGGUGCAACUCGUAAUUGGACGACGCCCCGCUGAUUACAGUUAAGGAGUGAGUGUGUGUUGAUAAAGAAGAAGACAAGUAAAAUUUUAGGGCGGAGCAAAGCAUCCGCGAAGAGAUAUAUUUCAAUGAACGAUUGAAAGAAAAGUUUACAAAUGAACCAAAUAUUAGCUGUAUUUGACUUAAUGCCAAGUGAAAACUCAGCACCGAAACCAAGAUAAGACAAAAAAUAGAGCAUAAUAAAAAAAAAACUAAGACCUACCGUACUAGGAUGCAAGCACUAUUGGUUGUUACAUGUACUUGUCACGAAGAGCGCAUUAUAAUGAUAUUGAUGAUGGUGGCUAGAAUCUCGAAUAUUCUCUUUUACAUGUACGAAGUCAGGUGAGAUUGCUGGAUUUCUAGCUACUCACUAUGUAACAAAGAACAAUUUGAAACAGAAAACGUUUUUGAAACCUAUUAUAAGUAACAAACCAUUUCUUCCUCUCUAUUGUACAUAUUUGCGUGUCUUCAAAUGAGUCUAUGGUAGUUGAUAGGAUGAAUAAAAGUUUAUGUAAUUUUGUAUUACUGUA